AUGUCUCCCGGGGAGGAGGAGAAGGAGGAGGUGGAGGAGGAGGAGGAGGAGGAAGAAGAAGGGAGAGGACGGUAAGGAGGGCGAGAGAGGGCGGGUGCACCUGCUGUCCCGCGCCCCGCUGCAGUGAGUCGCAACCAAACAUUCAGGCUCGGAGAGGAACACCUGACUUUCACGCUGCGGGCUUACCGGAGCGGAACACCCGGCAACGAUGCCCCGUCUGUGCGGCGGAGGCGGCGGAAGCACGGGCACUCUUUUCUCGGCGUGCCUCCUCUCCGUGUGUCAAGCCCUGCGGAGCUGCGGGGAGGUCCAGUGCGCCGAUGGACAACAGUGCUGCCCGCCUAACGUGGCGGGGAACGGGAGCGGCGGCGGCGGCGGCGGCGGAGGAGGAGGCGCCGCGGUUCGCUGCUGCAAGCUCCCGAUCCACAUCUUUUUCGACAACGUGGGGUGGUUCACGCGGAAGUUGUCGGGCAUUCUCAUCCUGUUGCUGCUCUUCGCCAUGGGUUACUUCAUCCAGCGGAUCGUGUGCCCACGACCGCGCCGCCACCCGCACCAGGAACGCGGGGACGAGCCGUCGCUCUUCCACGGCCACGCGUCCGCCUCCCAGGACUCCUUGCUGGACCGCUACCCCGAGUGCAACCCGGUGGACUUCGCCUCGCCCAACCUACCAGCCUACGACGAGGUCAAAUAUUUGCCCACGUACGAAGAGAGCAUGCAGGAGAUGCACCGGGACCGCUCCGACGACAACUUGCUGGCCGAAAACGAGACGAGCGGACCGGGCAGAGGCAGGGCGGCCGGGCUGGGGUCUGGAGAGCACAGACUGGAUGUUCUGGAAAGGUCGGGAGGGCAGCUGCCCAGCCCAAGGACAUCUCGGAACUCAGUCUGACGGAAACCACACCCAGUUUAAGACAAAAUCCCAUUAUUUCACUUUUACUCUCAAGUGCAAUUUUAACACCGAAUGUUGACUUAUAAUAAAUGAGAGACUACAAGGGGUACAGUUGCUUUUUGUAUGCAAAUGAGUACUCGGCAAUAUGUAAAUGAGUCGAUAAAAAUGUUGACAACUAUAGUUUAAAUCAAAGGUAUGAAACUAAUUAUUGUUAAAUGGCUACAUUCACCUCAAUUUUUGAUCUCAAAUGGCCUAUUAAGAUGUAUAGCGAGUAUUAAAAAAAAUUCCCACCCAGAAAAUAUUCGCGCUUAUGGAUAUUAUCCCGUUGUAAGCGUUGCAAAUCAUAAGAGCAAUCUGACAAUUCUUAAGCGAUUUCUACAAAUUCUAAAAACGACUGCAAUUUCAACAGUACUGUAAUCGGUGUUUUCAUUUUCUCAGAUGCAACUUAAUUUUUUUUAAAUUCAAACGUAUAAAAGUAACAAAAAACAAAUAAUGUAAGCAAAGCAUUGGCCUCACAGUACUGAGAACCUGGCCCCGCCUGUGUGGCGUUUGUAUGCUCUCCCCGUGCUUGGGUGGGUUUUCUCCGGGCACUCCGGUUUCCUCCCACAUCCCAAAAACAUGCAACAUUAAUUGGACAUUAAUUGUUUCCUAUAGGUGUGAUUUGUGAGUGUGGCUGUUUGUCGCUAUGUGCCCCGCGAUUGGCUGGCAACCAGUUCAGGUUGUACCUGCCCUUGACAACUGGGAUAGGCUCCAGCAGUCCCUGCGACCCUCGUGAGGAUAUGCUGCUCAGAAAAUUGACAGAUGGAUGGAUGAAAAUGAGCAGGCAGAAGUAAAAUUUAAUUGCGACUGCUAUCUCCACUCCCUUGUAGACCAACAGGUCAAUAUAGGACUAUAAUAAUAACAAUAACAGAACAAAGUAACUCUUUUCAUGUAAUUUAUAAAACAACUUAUCAAAUACUACUACUAAUUAUUUUGAAUUUACAUACAUUUCCACAUGUAUCCGGAUAUGAUGACAACCUAAUUUGACUUACCAUACAAGCUAUAGUGAAUUUUUCAGAAAUGGUGCCGUUAUCUGCACACCUUGUGCAAACCCAGUUCCAGAGUAUUUGGGACAUUAUGUAAAACCAGAAUACACUACAAUGAUUUGCAAAUCAUGUU